UGAUAAAACGGACAUCUUUCCCGAAUUCACCAUUUUCGGUUUCUUCUUCCCCCGCCAACAAUAUCCCCCGAUCGUCCUCGCCCGCACAAGCAGAUCUCUCCGUCUCUCAAAGCGCUCUGCACGGCCCGAGGAUUCCCGGCGGACGCCCUUUCCUCUGUCUCCAUCCGCGAUUGUCCCGACGCUCGGAGCCGAGUGAGCCUUGAUCCGAGUCGCAGUCGCCUCCUCCGGUUCCGCAUUCUCUCUCUCUCUCUCUCUCUCUCUCUCUCUCUCUCUCUCUCUCGUUUUCGAAAUCCGGUCCGGAUCGGAUUCUCCUCCGCGGUUCUCGAAGGGAGUGAGGGGGAGGAAAGAGCAGCUGACUUUCGAUCGUGCACUCGAGGGAUGAAUUACAGAAGGGAGCCCCGUGCUGCUAAAGCAGCUCUUUUUGAUGGUUAUAAUGGUCUUGAGGAAGGCCUUAGAACCUCCUCAUCCUACUCCCAUCAGACUAAUGAGCAUGACAAUGACAAAGCAGUUGACAGUUUACAAGAUAGAGUUAUCUUCCUGAAAAGAUUAACAGGGGAUAUUCAUGAGGAGGUAGAAAGUCAUAAUCGCUUUCUCGAUCAAAUGGGCAACAGCAUGGAUUCAUCAAGAGGUGUCAUGUCAGGAACCAUGGAUCGAUUUAAGAGGGUCUUUGAAAAGAAAUCCAACAAGCAGAUGUGCAAACUUGUAUCGUAUUUUGUGGUUUCCUUUCUUGCAGUAUACUUCCUUAUCAGAUUUCUUGGAUAUUUCAUGCAUGGUUGAGGGGACAACUUUUGAAUCUUGUCUCUCAAUAUCCGCUGAAAGUUUGGUUUGACAGAUGAGGGGUGGUCCUUUAAUAUGAGUAGUUCUUUUGGACCUUCAAUUGAAACUGGACCAUGGGAUGCUGGAGAGGACAGCUUAACAAAAGUCAAGUUCCUGGCCAGCUUGUCACUACCUUGUUAUGACCUACAGAAUCUUGUAAAUGCUUGAUUGAAUUUCAUUUAGCAGGAAUUCUUUUUUGAUUCUCUGAGAUUAGCAUCAUUUGCCCAUAUAUCCUUUGGGAUUUUCUUAUGUAAGCCCGGUGGCUAAUGGCAAGAUUUUGUUCAUAUAACUGUCUGCGCUUGUUACUUUGAGAAAUGUUGCUCCAGUUUAACCUCUAA